AUGAGGAGCUCCACCGGAUUGCCGCCACGUCUCAAACCCCGCGGAGAGCGGCUCGGUGCCUUCAUCCUCCUCCUCCUUCUCCUCUUCCUCCUCAGGUCGGUGACUCGAAGCUACUACCGGGGCGCAGCCGGGGCGCUGCUGGUGUACGAUAUCACCAGCCGAGAGACCUACAACGCGUUGACCAACUGGUUGACGGACGCCCGCACCCUCGCCAGCCCCAACAUCGUCAUCAUCCUCUGCGGCAACAAGAAGGAUCUGGACGCCGAUCGGGAGGUGACCUUCCUGGAGGCUUCGCGGUUCGCUCAGGAGAACGAGCUCAUGUUCCUGGAGACCAGCGCCCUGACGGGAGAGAACGUGGAAGAAGCCUUCUUGAAAUGCGCCAGGACCAUAUUAAACAAGAUCGAAUCGG